UGAUUAACUUACAUGGUUAAUCAACAAUAAUAAACGUUGAUUGUUGAUAAAUUGCAACAAAAACACUUCAAUCAAUCACCAACCGGUUGAUUCCAAUCAUUUUCACUUUUACUUGUUUUCCAUCUUCCUCGUCUCAUCAUCGUCAUCAUAACAACAAUUAAAGUUAAUCGAGUUCUAAAUCGUUCUAAUCUUCAGUAUCGUUACAAUUUCGAGAGAUAAAAUAAUAACUUCAUCAAUCAUCCAUUAAAAUGUUAGUUAAUGUUAAUCACCACAAGUAAUUGAUCUUUGGAAUCACCUACCAUGAUGAUGAUACAAAAAAAAUGGAAUCAUAUUGAUGCAGAUUAAUGAUUAGUUUAUUAUAAUCUAAAUCGAUAAUACCUGGAAAAAGUUAUAACGAAAUUAAUGUUUUACUAAAUUGUAACCUUGAAUUUGUAGCUUGAAGCAUAGCUAAAAGUGAUUAAUUCAUAUUAUUUUUAGUUGGAUACAAGUUUUUAAAGUUUUUCUUACUGACAAAUGAAACAAACUAUUGAAAACAUGGAAAACAAAUCAACAAUAUUGAUAAUAAUCAACAAAUUAUAAAAUACUCACCCAACAUACACAAACACACAGGAUGCAUUUAAUAACAAUUGUUGAUCUGUAACAAUUAACUGAUUACAAAUAGAGCUAAUAAUGGAAAACCCCUGACAAUUAAAACCUUGGUAACCGGGAAGUGUUUCAAAUAAUCAAGAGAGAGAGAGAGAGAGAGAGAGAGAGAGAGAGAGAGAGAGAGAGAGAGAGAGAUUGAAUGAAAAAAUUGAGAUUCUGGUUAAUAAACAAACCAGAAAAGUCCUUGAUCAGAUUUGAUAAUCUCAAUCGUCAUUUUUACGUUUGAGCUGAUCACGCUCUCGGUGUGAUUCAUGGUGAUCCCUCCCCUGAUUCCAAUUGAAAUCACAUGUUGAACCUUAAUUGUAACUCAAUCCAAUGGUAAAUACAUCAUUCAGUUCAUUAUAAUCUAUUAAUAUAACACUCAACCAGAUAAUCGUUGAUGAGAAAAUACUUACAAUCAGAACUUUGAUCACUUUAUCAUUCAUUAUCAUCUCUCUCCCUCUCUCACUUUAUAUUGUACAAUUAACUAAUGAUAGUGAUCAUAUUACGAUUAUUACGAUUCAUGAUUUUCAAGUAAACAUGGGAGAAGAACCUGAAGACUUACAGCAAAAAGAAUAGCAUUAAAAAGCUUCAUCAAUCCGGACCAUUGCAAAAUAGAGUUCAUGUCCCAUGGGUCAAGGGUCAAACGUUAUAAAUGAUCAAUUAAAUUGCAAAUUAAUCGUACGAGUUGUGAUUAGAUUUUAAUCAAAUUUUCGCAGCGAAAAUUUUUGAUAUGAAUUCGUAUGUGUAUUCAAUUCCCAUUGUUAUAAUGUAACUACAAUGAUUUGAGAAGCCACAACACCAGAAACACUAUGAAGAUUAGUGAGAGAGAUUAAUUAAUCUUAAUUACCUAUUAAUCUAAUAUUUUCCUCAAUUAGUUGAUUUCAAUCGCGAUCAAUAUCAAUUGACUAAAUCAAGAAGGAAAAUUUGAAGCUCAGUUUUCACAUGAAGAAACCUCAAUGAACUUAUUGGCUUUGAUCUAGAAAUUAAGUCUAAUAUUGAUAGUCCACAUUUCUAAUUAUGAAUUGACUGACCUAGAAUUAACUAAUUGUUGUCACAAUUAAAUGUCAAUUCGAUUUGGUUUCUCCGAGUGACUUGAUUAACAUUUAAUUGAACAUUUAAUCAAAUAUUACGGAAACUAAAUCAACAUUAAUUGUUUUUGUUUGUUAAUUGAAAUUAAAUCUGGAUCAUAAUCAUAAUCAUCAUCUAGGAAUUGAUUAUCUGUCACUAAUUAAUUCAAUCAAAAGAGGAAAAAAAGUAAACAAAUUUAAAUCUGUCACAAUUUAACUAAUCAUAAUGAAUGAAAUGAUAUCAGAUUAAUUAGCUUAAUUAGAAACAAAUAAAUAACAAAAUUAGGUUACAAUUAAAACUUGGAAAAUUUAAUGAUAAUAAAAAUUAAAGUUUCAAUUAAAAGUUUUUCUUAUCAUUAUUUGUAAAUAAAUUAAUUAGUAGAUCAAUUUUUGUUGUUUAUAAUGAUAAAGUUUAAUUAUUAUCAUUUGAUUUGAUUGAGAAGAAAAAAAAAACAAUCAACAACAAUUAAGGAAAUUGUAAUUAUUAGUUAUCUAAUCAAAGGGUUGGUGUAUCUAAAUGAACUCAAUUUGAAACAAUUAGCAAAUUGUUUUGAAUACGAUUCGGAUGAUUUAAGAAACUAUUAAUAUUAAUUGAUCAAUAGUGACAAUUUAAUUUGAUUGAAAAGUGAUUUGUUUAAAAUUGAAAUGAUCAUGAAUCAGACUCUCAGAUGAGUCACAAUUUACAGGGUAAUUACGUAAUUGUUACCUUGAUUACAUUAUAAUUAAUGGUUAUUAACACGGGGAUCUGAUUGGGUAGCAACCAUGUUAUUGAAAAACUGGUUAACAAGGUGACUCACAAUCAACAUGGUCAUUUAAUUGCUAAUCAAGGUUGUGAGAAAGUUUCUCCAAUCAGAUUGAUUGUUAUUACCUAGGCCUUAGAGGUCAAUCAAAUUCAUGAUGAGAAUCUGAAUGAAAUCACCCAAGAGGAAAACGAAUGGGAAAAGAGCUCAGAAUCAGAAUCAGAAUCGGAAUCGGAAUCAUUGAUGAAAAAAGACAAACAAAGUUGAUCAGAACUUUUUUUGUUCUCUCUCUCUCUUUCUCCAUUCAAUCAAUUAAAUCUUAAUUGUGAAUUUAUUAUCCUUCCCAACAAUUCAAUUAGAACCAAACUUUUGAUUUCCUCCAUCAAUUUAAGGAACUGGAUUAAAGUUUUUGUCCAUUUUUAACAAUAAAAAAAGAGCUAAAUUAACGACAAGUUAAUUUGAUUUCUUCAAAUUUUUUUCCCUUUCCAACAAUCAAAAGUAUAAUUAGAAAUUAACUAUCAAUCAAAUGGUAAAAAUCGUUCCUUAUACUUUUUUUUCUGCAUAGUAACAUCACAAUUAACUAAUUGUAGCAAUUCAACUCAAAAUGAUUAAGCCAAAAAUCAAUUGAACCACAUGGAUAAUCAAUGUUUUGUUGUUACUUGACUUUCUGUAUCUACAGAAAAGCCUUUUAUUUAAUCCUUGUAUUAAAAGAUUAAGCUGAUUACCAUUUUUUUUUUGCUUAAUUGUUGUGAGUUAAUUGUUGGAUAAUAAUAGCUGGUGAAAAAGAGACGAUUUAAUUGUGAUGAAAAUGAGAAAGUGAUCUGAUUAGAAUGACAGAAAAAAGGUCUCACUAUUAAAACGCUUUAAAAUGUUAAGUGUAAAUGAUUCAACUAAUCAGUUAAUCCUCUUAAUCAUUACAAUCAGUUAAUCGAUUAAUUUAUAUGCAAACAUUUACUAUCAAGUUAUUAAUCAAUUUUAAUCAACUGUGUGUAUCGGAAUAACGGAAGCAAUUUGUGUUGAUUGUUUUAACAAACUCGAAGAGUAAGAAACAAAAAUGGAUUUUAAUUGCUACAAAUUAAGAGAUAAUCAACUAAUUAACCUUAAUCAACAAUCAACUCUAAUUACUUGGCUUAUAAUCGCGAUGAUAUCUUGGUUUACUUUAUCCAAUGGUGAUCCUCAUGUUCUGGAUGAUGAUUGUCUCAAAUGUAUUUGCAUGGCCAGUUCUGAGUGCGAUGAUCAGGUCCGUUGUCACACCGAGGGUCAAGAUGAUUAUUUUUGUGGUCCAUUUCAAGUGUCACGUAAUUACUGGUUUGAAGCUGGUUCACCUGGUUACGAUGCCUCUAAUCCAAUGGAUUUUGAAAAUUGUGUCAACAAUAUUUAUUGCGCCAUUCAAACUGUCAAUCAAUAUUUAAAGAUUAAGCAAAAGGAUUGUGACACCGAUGGGAUAAUCACUUGUCAGGAUUACGCUUUGUUACAUAGAUUUGGUCCAAACAAUUGUACCGAUGAAAAGUUGUAUUCAAAUUCAUCGUUCUGGAGUAAAUUUGAUUCAUGUUUCUCAUUUACCAAUGGAACUAAACAGUUUUAAAUUGUCCACUAAUCUACAAUUAACUUGAUCACCAAGAAAAUCAUUGAU